UACUACACUCCCUUUCUCUCUGUCUCCCCUCACUCACAGCUGAAAAAAGCAUAGGUAUACAGUUCUGUGGUCCUUACUGCUACCUCAGGCUUUCUGAGAACAAGCCCUGCAGGGCUAACAGGCCUAAAACAAAUCCUCCCUAGAAUGUCUAUCACAGCCAAACUUAAAUGCAACUUUGGUAAAAAUGGAACUUGUCUUUACCUGAGAUAAUUUAAACCAACAAAAUUAUACAGAUUUCCCCAUAAGACCAACAUAUAACUCACCAUAUCAUCUUGGCUGUUUUCAAAUAUUCUAAUAAUAUAAGAUUAAUUUUAGUUUAGUUUAAAGAAGUUUUUUAAAAGCAAAACUAUGUCAGAGCUAAUUCAUGAAGAAUGUAUUCGACUUCUAGAAGUGCAAUUGGGUGUUUUUCAGGACAUUGAAAAGGUGAUUUAAAACGAAUAAAACAGUGAUCUGAGUUAAGGGAAUUCCAGUGCUGACAGGUGACGUCCACAACUGAAGGCUAUUUUUAUAUGGCCAGCUCCCUAUAAAAGGCACAAGAGUGGAACUGUCCUUUCAGUUAUCCAGAAGGUGUCACGCACCGUGACACCGCAGGUCUGAAGAUCUAAGAGAUCUUUUCUCUAGUUUUUUUUUUCUUCUUUUUUUUUGCGGAAACAUUUUCUUUUGUCUCGUGCACCUACGGUUACCAUGGAAACACUAUCAGCAGUGAAAUCCUUCAUAUCGAUGCCAUACACCAAACUGGAAGACCACAGAUAUUUGAACUCCUUAUGUUUCCUUCUUUGAUGAGCCUGGGUGUGCUGACUGUUCUUCUCAUCCUCACAGUCUUAUGUAAAUUGUUUGUAAAUGAAUAACUCUGAAAGGUACAUGCUUCAUCAACACCAAAUGUUUAUCUAAUUCAGAACAAGUAGGCUGUAAGUCCUCAGUUUUAAAACAUGUUCACAAACCCUCAAAUUCUCCUCCACAGAACUGACUCUACAUUCAGGUGAUCAUGGAAAAUUUAUCAGCAGUAACAUACUUCAUUUUAACAGCAUACACUGAGCUGGAAGAUCACAGAUACUUAUACUUUAUACUUUUACUUGUGUUGUACAUUCUAAUAUUAUUGGUAAAUUCAGUUCUAAUUGUAGUAAUAUGCAUAGAGAGAGGUUUGCAUGGACCUAUGUAUUUGUUUAUAUGUAACUUAGCAGUGAAUGGAGUGUAUGGUAGUACCUCUUUAUUACCACCUAUGCUUGGCCAUUUGUUAUCUCAGAAUUAUAAAAUAUCUCUGACCUUUUGUCUAUUACAGAUCUUCUGUGUACACACAUACGGUGCAGUUGAAUUAAAUAUUUUAGCAGUGAUGAGCUAUGACCGGUAUGUUGCCAUAUGUUGUCCAUUACACUAUAACAAAAUACUGUCUCGCAAAAAAGUAUGCACGCUUAUUACAUUAUCGUGGUCUUAUGCUUACAUUGUUUUUGGACUGUUUUUCAUAUUAACAGUACAGAACACAUUUUGUGACGCAAACAUAGAAAAAGUGUACUGUGUCAAUUUUGCAUUAGUCAGACUGUCUUGUCUUGAUACGUCCACUCAGAGCAUAGUUGGACUUGCAGCAAUUGGACUGAUACUUGUUCCACAGAUCCUAAUGAUAAUAUUUUCGUAUGCGCAAAUACUCAGAAUCUGCCUGUUUGCUUCUAAGAAAUCUCAGACCAGAGCUAUUCAAACAUGCACCCCACACUUACUGGCUGUGAUUAACUAUGCAGUGGGAUGCUUUUUUGAGGUCAUCCACAGUCGCUUCAGCACGAGUGAUGUACCUUAUAAAGCUCGCAUAUUCAUGUCCCUUUCCUUUCUGAUAUUUCCUCCCAUACUUAAUCCUGUCAUUUAUGGAAUUAGUAUUCAAGCAAUCAGGGUUCAGAUUGUCAAACUGUUCAGUGGUAUGAGAAAUAAGUUGAUAACGCGGAUGAUAAUGAAGUAACCUCAAGCCUGUUUAAUUCUUUACCACAUAUUUAAGCCAAAUAACUCAAAUGAGCCCAUUUACAUUCUCGAGUCCAUGAGAAACUCUAAAGAUGUACAUGCAGAGAUGUUAGUUAUACUGUGUGAAAUUACAUAAUUUGCCUGAUAUUUAAAGAAAAAAAAAAAAAACUGAAUUAGAUUACUAAACUGACUGGAUUCAAAAUGCAUUCAUAAUUUGAUUAGAUUUUUUUUUUUUUUCAUUUUUAAAUGAACACCUUUAGCAUAUAGGCCUAAUGUUUUUUUUCUUCUGAUGAAUUCUGACGAACUUGCAAAGUAAAUUGUUUGCAGAUACUUUCCAUAAACCAUAAAUCCAACUGUCUAAUAUUCAGGCAUGCAGUAAUAAAAAAAGAUUAUUUUCAUUCCAUUGAAGGCACAUUUCAGCAUAUUCAUACCUAUUGAAUACCUAUGUUUAUUAAUAUGUGAUGAUCACGUGUAAAACAUAAUAACUAAAACUUUAAAAAGUAUAAAUACCAGAAACACCUAAAUUAUAUGAAGCACAAAAUACUUUAACCCUCUAAACUUCACAUACUUUACCAGAUUUUUAACUGUUUUAAAGGAAACAUUUAUUUUCAGCAAUAUAAAAAAAAUUGAAUAAAAUAAAAAAUCUCCCUCUUUUCUUAACAUCUGAAGAGGCAAAGCCUUCCAGCUGUGUAACUGACCCGGGUCUUAAAGCCACAAAAAGAAAAAUGUGCCCCAAAAACUGUGAAACACUUGCUUUUCGUUGCUCUGUGGUCCACAGACUCUCUGUAAGUAAGUUUCCCCACAGUAAUUUUAUCAUCAAUACCUUUGCAUUGACUGGCCUGUGUUACAGACAGGGCUCGAUAACAGAUUUUUUUUCUAUCUAUUAGCUACAAGCAGAAUCAGAAUUUUAACAUUUCUGUUAUUUUGUUCUGCCUGAAACAUGUUUCUG